GUAAAUCAUAAGCCAUAUAAUGUAGACAUCAGCGAAAUCCUUACAGUUGAUCACACAACAAUCAGAAGUAAAACUUUCAGCACAACAUAACCAAUAACUUUGCUGACAUGCAGAUUAUAUACACAUUUUCUGCAUGUCUACCUUUGCAGCUCUUUUUCUUGUUCUACCUGUCCCUCUUCCCUCACUAUCAUGCUGAUCCUCGAGCCUCGCAAACCCGGCUUUACUGUGGGACGUACAGAGAGCAAACAUACUCUCAGUUCAUUCCUAAAUUUGUUGAGGAUAUGUACAAUCUUGCUCAAAAGAUAAAUACUCAAAGCUGGGCUUCUUUUUCAACAAACUCUUCGAAUGUAAAGUCACCUAUGUUUGGCCUAAUUCAGUGCUAUGAAGACCUUUCUCAAACUGAUUGUCAACUUUGCUUUGCUGCUAGUCGUACUAGGCUCCCAACUUGUAUCCCUUCGGUUUCUGCUUCCCUUUUCUUGGACGGGUGUUUCCUUAGAUAUGAUAACUAUAGUUUUUAUGAAGAACCCUUGAACCCCAAGUUGAAUGGUAGAAAUUGCAGCACAAACAAUGGUAAGGUGGAUGUAAAUCAGAGGUCUGAGUUUGCUAAGAGUGUGAGGACUGUCAUCGAUGAGGCGAUGGAAAAAGGAUUGAAAAAUGGUGGAUUUGGAGUGGCUGAGGUUAAUGAUAGGAAAAGAAUGAACAAGUUGUACGCGUUGGCUCAGUGUUGGAAGACCGUCAGUGCUACUGGGUGUAAGGCUUGCUUAAACAAGGCAAGUGAACAGGUCACUCAGUGUGUACCGAGUAGGGAAGGCAGGGGUUUUAAUGCCGGUUGUUAUCUGAGGUAUUCAACUAACAAGUUUUAUGGUGAUCACAAUCAUACCAGAGGUCAUCAUGGAUUGCACAGACAUGGAUACAUAGCUGCCAUAAUUUUGGCUUCAGCUGCAAUGCUCAUGUUCCUUUCCUUCUCUUCUUAUUUGGUUUAUAUAAGAUACUCCAAAUGGAAAAAAGAAGAAAAUGAAGUCAGCAGAAGAUUUGCAAAAGUUGGUCUAAAUUUCAAUUAUGAAGUCCUUGAGGAAGCAACAAAUUUUUUUGACCUAUCGAAUAAACUUGGCCAAGGUGGAGCAGGAAUUGUAUUCAAGGGGACACUUCCAAAUGGUCAAGCAAUUGCUGUUAAGAGACUGUUUUUCAACACAACACAGUGGGCGAAUGAGUUCUUCAAUGAAGUAAACUUAAUCAGACAUGUUCAACACAAGAAUCUUGUUAAACUGCUAGGAUGUAGCAUUGAAGGACCUGAAAGUCUCCUGGUCUACGAGUUCGUUCCUAAGAAGAGUCUUGAUCACUAUCUCUUUGGAGCUCAGAGCCUGGAUUGGAAGCAAAGAGUACAAAUAAUUGUGGGAACAGCUGAAGGUUUGGCAUAUCUGCAUGGUGGUACUCAAACGCGAAUAAUACAUAGGGACAUAAAAUGCAGUAAUAUUCUUCUUGACGAAGAUUUUAUUCCAAAGAUUGCAGAUUUUGGUUUGGUGAGGUCUAUUGCUUCAGGCAGGAGUCAUCUGAGUACUGGAAUUGCUGGCACACUUGGAUACAUGGCUCCAGAGUACUUGGUGCGAGGACAACUUACUGAGAAAGCAGAUGUUUACAGUUUUGGGGUAAUUGUUCUCGAGAUAAUAAGUAGUAGGAAGAACGUCUUCAUACAGGAGUCACAAUCCCUUCUACAAUCUGUUUGGAAUCUCUACAGAUUAGGCAGACACUAUGAAUGUGUUGAUCCUUACUUGGGUACCGAGUUUCAGGAGGAGGUAUUAAAAGUGCUUCAUAUAGGUCUUCUCUGCACUCAAGCUUCAGUCCCUUUGAGACCAUCCAUGGCUCAGGUGGUUGACAUGCUAACUAGUGAAAAUUGCGAGAUACCAACACCAACUCAACCUCCAUUCCUCAAUACCAAUUUGUUUGAAAGUACCGACCAUUUUAGUGAUAAGUGUUACAUAAGCACUAAGUCAGACUCACUUCCCUUAAUUCAAAACCAAGAUGAUAACAAUUAAAUGUGAGUUUCAUAUUUGUA